CAUCGCCUCUCUCUCUCGCUCUCUCUCCCUCAUGCUCCCUCCUUCCCUCCCACUGCUUGUUAUCUCUCCUCCCCUCGCUCUUUCAGAGCCAGUAGUCGAUCUAUCUACAGUUCACUCCACGCGCUGCUUGCUACAUGAUCUCUCGGAGAACCAGCAUCGUCGUCUUGCCCUUCCGCCUCUCUCGAGCGAGAGAUAUCAGAUAUCCUUUAGAUUUUCAUCUUCAGGACAGCAGGAUGCUUCUGUGCAUGCACUGAUUCCCUCCCUUUCUCCUUGAGUUUUUCCCCUUCCCCUCCCCUCUCCUAAUCUCCUGCCCUUUGACCCACACCCUCCUUUUCCCCUUGACAGCCUCCCCCCUUUUCUUCUCCUCAUCCUUCUUCCUUUCCCUCUCUUCCAUCCAUUCGCAUUCUCUUGACCAUGUUGCCAUGUGUCUGUCGGCUUCAGCCUUUUCUCGCCUUCAUAUCGUUCGCCUUGCUAACUCAAGGGGAAAACUGCCCAGCCACGUGCCUGUGCCCGGACCCUCACACUGUGGACUGUAGUGGCCGAGGACUAACUCGCCUUCCCGACGAAAUCCCGCUGGAUGUUCGCCGGCUGUUACUUUCCAACAAUUGGAUCCCCCGAAUACCUUCUGACUUCCUCGUGCUCUACAGCGACUUGGUAUACCUGGACCUCCGGAACAACUCACUUUCCCACAUCGAGCCAGGGACCCUCAGCACCUCCUCAAGGCUGGUGUUCCUGGACCUGGGCAGCAACAACCUGACCGAAAUACCCAAAGGAACUUUCGGCGAGUCCCGGAGCCUGAUCAAGUUGCGCCUGGGCAACAACCCUUACCUGAGCAUGGUCAAUGAGGAUGCCUUCAGUGGUUUGACCUCACUGAGGGAACUUGAACUGGAGCGCAAUGCCCUGUCUGGGCUGCAGGUGGGGGCACUGAGCCAGCUGCCUUCUCUGCGAGUGGUGAGGUUAGAAGGCAAUCCCUGGGUGUGCAACUGCAACUUUGCCAACCUCUUCACUUGGCUGAUGGAGAACAGCCGCAAACUUCCCAAUGGUAUAGAGAGUAUGGAGUGCUCCUUACCGACAGACGGCCGCCGGGUGCCUCUCAGUCAGCUCUCCCAGGACAGUUUUCGGGAGUGCCAGGUCACACUGACUCUCACUGACUUUCUGAUCAUCAUUUUCUCUGGCAUCUCUGUAUCUGUAGCCGCCAUCAUGGCCAGCUUCUUCCUGGCCUCCACCGUCCACUGCUUCCAGCGCUGGAGCAAAGGCACCAAAGGGGAGGAUGAAGAGAGCGAAGAGUGAAGAGUGGCUGAUUAUUCUUAUCACAGAUUUUUUUCAAAACUCCUCCCAUCUAAAGAGAUUGUCAGUAUUACAAUUUGAAAUCUUUAGUAAAACAUCAAAACAUUAACAAAAUAAAUAAUAGUCAAAAUUAAACUAUUAAAAAAAUAAUAGCUAUGCUACUGUUUUAUUCUGCCAAAUUAGAACAAAUUAGCAGCUUUGGUUGUCGUCUGAAAUUCUACGUCCAUUACAAUUUAGAAUAAAAGCCAUUUGGUAUGUCGGUACAGUCUUUUCUUCAAGUGAUCCAAAAAUUAAUCGAGUGAACGUGAAAAGUGUCGAGAUAAUUACUUUAGAGCUCAAAGCCUGUGUCAAAGUAGCUGUGUCAAAUACUGCACUUUAAAAUUGUGACUGUUUUCCCUGCCAAAGAUAAUGUUUCAGAACGAGUUAGGUUGAUGUGUUUUAAAUAGAAAUGUAUUUUUGCUUUCAGAGAGCUCUAUAGUAUAACCAGAUUACAUAUUUAGUGUAAUUGUGAUAUGACAUAUAUUUACUUAUUGUGACUUUGCUUUUUUCUUGCUUCCAGAAGUGAUGGUGGUAAAGAAAAAAGACACAGAGCUUCCUUUAAUGCAUUGUUGUCAUUGGUCAUGUCUUUGGAGAAGAAAUAUUGGUAUAUAUAUUUAUUUAUCUGUAGUCAAUUGUUGUCCUGUAGGAACUGAUAAACAAUAUGGGCAUCAUGGACGAUUUCCAUACAUUUAUUACUGUGACAUAUAUACAGCAUACAUACACGACUGUUCAAAAGUAAAUGGCAUUUUCAGACUGAUG